AUGAGUCAUCAAGUACGCAUCGCUCGCUUCUCCUGCAUCACGCAAAUUCCCUACCCUUCGGCUUCGAAAUUCAUUCUUGGGAGCAGACAGUACACACAAGGCGCAUUGCAAAAGUCAUCGUGGACUCAUCCUGUAUAUACACAGGAACAAAUCCAAUCCGUUAAAAUCGCACAUCGAAAUGCAAAAUGCCUCCCCGACAAGCUCGCCCUUGAAACCGUCCGCUUCCUUCGCUGGGGCAUGGACUUUGUCACCGGAUACCGAGCAAAUUCUCCUUUAUCGAAACCCAAUCGAAUGACAGAGAGGAAAUGGAUCACAAGAUUCGUCUUCCUUGAAAGCGUCGCCGGCGUACCGGGGAUGGUAGCCGGCAUGCUCAGACAUCUCAAGAGUAUCAGACAAAUGAAGAGGGAUUAUGGAUGGAUUGAGACCCUCCUUGAAGAAGCCUACAAUGAACGAAUGCACCUCCUGACAUUCCUCCAACUAGCCAAACCAGGCUGGAAAAUGCGAACAAUGGUCCUUGGCACUCAAUGUGUCUUCUUCACCGCAUUCUUCAUGGCUUAUAUCCUCUCCCCACGCAUUUGCCACCGAUUUGUCGGCUACCUCGAGGAGGAAGCCGUCAUCACAUACACCAAGGCAAUCAAGGAUCUUGACGACGGAUGCCUUCCUCUAUGGAAGAGUCUGGGGGCUCCCGCAAUGGCAGUCAAGUACUGGCAGAUGCCAGAAGGGAAUAGAUGUAUGCGAUCUCUACUGCUGUAUGUGCGUGCGGAUGAGGCGAAGCAUCGUGAUGUGAAUCAUACACUGGGUAGCUUGGACCAGGACAGAGAUCGGAACCCUUUUUCGGCCAAGUUUAGGGAGCAGAUUGGAAAGGUUAACGAUGUUAUUGAUUCGAGGGUUCCGGAUGAGCUUUACAUUCGCAGUCAGCAGAGGCAAAGGGUUAAAGAAUAG